GUGACGAGGCCGGCGAGAUCCCGCCGCCGCGUGCCCGCGCCACACCCCGCACGCGGGCCUCCGGCCUCCACCCCUCGGGGGCGGGAUGGCGGCGGCGCAGCUGCUGCUGGGCGAGGACGGGCGGGGAUACGACCUCGCGCGGCGGCUGGAGGCGUGCGGCGCGUGGCGGGCGUGGCUCGGGGACGCCGCCCACGCCGCGCUCGCGCAGCACCUCCAGUCCGCCUCCACCUGGGACGCCUUCCUCUUCCCCUCCUCCUCCAGCGGCUCGCCCCCGCCCCCGCGCCCGCUCCUGCUCCUCCAGCUCCGCGUCCGCGCGCUCCUCUUCGACAAGGCCUCCGCCGCGCUCCUCCCCCGCGGUGCCUCCCCGGCAGGCCUCAACUCCGUCAGCUCCAGCUAUCUUCAGCUCCAUGCAGAUGAUAUUUAUUUUUCAUUGGAAGAUGAGCAGGAAGAUGCCAAUCAACACCAUAUGCAAUCUAGAACCUCAUUUAGUCCAAGCAGGGAGAAUGCAAUGUUGUCUCAAAGACAUAAUCGAUACGAAGAGUUACCUGAGACAUGGUAUAGACAAUAUGCUGAAAAGUUCAGGACAUGGCAUGCCAAGUUUCACUCUGGCGACAAAGAUAUACCAAAAAGAACAUCAGAGGGAAUGUCCAAUUAUCUGAAGGUUUGUAGUGUACAUAAAAGAAAGAGGGCUGUUUUUAUGGAUGAUCAGGGUCACAACGUCUCGGUCGCAAUGUUGGAAAAUGGCCCUUCCUCAAAGAACACUGGGGACUAUAAUAAUAUAGCGGAUGAAACUUUCAUUCCAGAAAUUAGGUUUCCAGCUGACUGCGUCCCGGAAAGUGCAAUUCCUAGAACAAGUGAGACGUCUAGGAUCUACAAGAUAGAAGUUCACGGGGUUCUUGAUAAUUUACCAGCGCCUGUUAGUCGCAACACUGGAAUGCUUGAAAGAUUUGGAAUGAUGCCUGAGUAUUAUAAGAAAGGAAACAAAUAUCGAGGGAAAGAUGGGUCCAGAGUAGAAGGAAAACCUCUAAGCCAAGAGCAAGCAAUGGUUAUGACAAGGAAGUUGGUUGCUCGCUACUUAGCAAAUGCAGGAUUUGAAAGUGGAACUGCAAUGUCUAUUGAUGUUCUUUCAGAAAUAAUUAUUAAGCACAUCUCUAAGCUUGGGCGUAACUUGAAGCUUCUAACUGACAGCUACAGGAAGCAAUUUUCAUCCAUUGAACUCCUUAAGAUGUUCCUACAGACUGUUGGCUACAGUAACAUUGGUCCCUUGAUGGAGAUCACUAAAACGGGGAAUAGAGGGGCCAACUACCCUAUCCAGCAAGAUGCACAAGUACAGAACCAAAAUGCUCUUCUUCAUGCGCAACAGCUUAGGCAAUUUGCACCCCAAAUGGCUAUUAAUACCCAGAAUUUGACACCACAGCAGCAGCAGCAGCUGCUGCAGCAACAGUGGUUGAGACGCAGUCAAAUGACCAGCCCCCGUGGUCCUCUUACAAUGGCAGACAAAAACCAGGCUAUGGUAAAUGUGAAGAUUGAGAAUACUGUGGACUCACAAAUUGAUAGUCCCUACGGAUCACUUACCAGACAGCAAUUGCAGCAGCUAAGGCACCAUCAGUAUUUACAGCAGCAACAGCAGUUUCAGCAGCAACAGCAGGUUCAGCAGCAGCAGCAGCAGCAGCAACAACAGCAACAACAAUUUCAGCACCAACAGCAACAGCAAUUUCAACAGCAGCAGCAGCAGCAACAACAACAACAAUUGCAGCAGCAGCAGCAGCAGCAGCAACAACAAUUGCAACAGCAGCAGCAACAGUCACAACAAUUGCAACAGCAGCAGCUGGCCAUGUCAGGAGGCCAGAAUGCCCAACUAGCGCAGCAGCUGGCCAUGUCAGGAGGCCAGAACGUGCAAUUAGCGCAGCAGCUAGCCAUGUCAGGAGGCCAGAACGCGCAAUUAGCGCAGCAAUUAGCCAUGUCAGGAGGCCAGAAUCCUCAACUAGCACAGCAGUACAAACAAAUGCCAUCGAUGAGUGCCUACAGAAUGAGCAUGCCGCCGGUGAAAGUGGAGGCGUUCCACGAGCUGGUCAGUGGUGACUCGUCACUGAAACAUGAUAACGACUCAAACAAGCUCAUGUCCCCCAAGUAGGUAAGUCUUAUACCGAGGAAAAUUUCAUAGCCAGCGGGUAGCCGUAGUGCCAUUUUACUGUUUGUAUGUGAACUGGAGCAUCGUCUCCUGUUUGCAAUUUUACAUCGAAUCCAGACAUCCAACAAGACGGGGUAGUGUAUUGUAACUGUAGAUGUAUAAGUGGCUACUGACUGAGGUGAUGCAAGCGAUCGAUGUGGUGACUCGUGGAUCAUGAUAGACUUGACGUUCCCGUUAUCUGCC